AUGUCAAACAAGAAGAACAAUCAUGGUCAGAUCAGUAUGGCUGCCAGCGCUAUCGCCAUGCGUGGGGUGAGGAUCUUCCUCAGCGCGAGCAAGUCUGCUGCCAACCGUAAAACACCACAACGAAACAGGACAAAAGAAGUGUUACCCGGACAUAAGAUACAACCGGGCUUGUCUGAAACGCUACUGAGAGCUACAAAGUUUGAUAAGAAUGAGCUGGAAGCGUUGUUCACGAUGUACAGGAAACUGGUGACCGCAUCCCAGAGCGCUGCACCUGCAAGCGUCAUCGGACAACCGGCCACUAAAAUUGACGGAAUAGAUUUAAAUACGUUCAGAGACGUAAUGCAUAAUACCUUCGACCUGGUAACGGAAGACGUGGUCAUGGACCGUGUCUGGCUGACUUGGGAGAGGGGGGCCAAUGGGGGAGAGGGGGCCCUUAAGUUCGAGGCCUGGGCGAGGGGCCUCAGCGUCCUACUGAGGGGCUCCGAUGAAGAAAGACGACAUCACUGUUUCUCUGUAUAUGACUUGAACGGAGACGGUUUUAUAACUAAGGAUGAAAUGUUCAUACUUUUGAAGAACUCUCUUCUGAAGCAACCAGGGGACGAGGAUCCCGACGAGGGUGUGAGGGAGCUGGUGGAGCUGGUCCUCAGGAAGAUGGACGGAGAUCACGACGGAAAACUAUCACUGCAGGAUUACAGACAAGCCGUGAAGCAAGAACCGCUUUUGUUAGAAGCAUUUGGACAAUGUCUACCCUCAAAACGACACGCGGCUGCCUUCCUAAAAAAUUUAAACACUAAAUAAUUUAAGGGACUCUUAAUUUUUGAUCUAAGUUUAAAGAACUGCAAGAAUAUAAUAUGUAGUAAAUAAUUAUAUAAGUAAAAUACAUCUAUCUUAAGCAAUGAAUGUUUAGUGAUAACUAACUAUGGCAGAGAUAUUAUCAUUUGUCACCGUAAGUGAGAAUGCAUACCUGGCAUUGAUAUGGAAUUUUUAAACUUGCCAUAAGUCUGAAAACGUAGAACUCAUUACAACACCUACAAGGUUUUGAACGGUUUUCAUUGAUAUUGCGAGAAUUUAUGAAUGAAAAAGCGAAAACAGCCUGUGUUUAGUUUGAGACAAGAAACAAUUGUAACUGUUGAGGCUAUAAGUGUGCAGCGAUCACCCGCCGUACUCAUAUAGGUAAAAUAAUAAACUCCUUAAGAGUGCAGGUGGUAGAGCCUAGCUGUGGUCAAGUUACUACUGUGGAACACGGGCCGGCUCGACCGGGGAAGUACCACCCUCUCACAGAAGAUCGGCGUGAAGCAGUCUUUAAUGGCUGCGUUUCGUCCGAUGAGUGAGAGAGCCGGUUGGCGAUUCCCUUUUCCCUCCCUUUCCCAAUUUUCCUCCCCCUCACCCUAAUCAAGGGUGGCAACAUAUCCGCAAAACUAUGUUGUGGAUGGCCAUGGGCGAUUGCACUACCUCCACCAGGUAGGCCGUCUGCUCGGUUGGCCCUUUUAGCAUAAAAAAAAUUGUUUUUUUUCUUGUCAUUUAAUGGAACUAUAAAUUGUACGUCAGCCACCGAGCCUUUAAUGAAUCCACGUAAACAUAUCUUUUUUAUUCCGUGCAUUAAAGUUCGUGCGAUGAUUUCAUAUUAUUUAUGAUUAUUAUGUACUUUCAAUAAUAAUAAUAAAAAUAUUAUAUAUCUUUGGAUUCCUUAACUGGGCGGAUUUUUUAUUGUUUUUAGUUCGUUGAAAAUAGACGCGUUGGGAUGGAACGGGAAGAAUGAUAGUUAAAACGACAUGUAUAUGUAUAUCUUUAUUAGUUAUUUUAUUGUAUUUAAAGAAAUAAUAACAUUAUUAUAUAAAUAAACAGAAAAA